AUGCUGGGCCGUACUGUUUUGCGCAGCGUGCCCUUCCGGGGUGUCGCACGUCAGACCUUGAGCAAGACCUCCACGCGUGCGUCUUCCUCUGCCGCCGGUCCCGAAUCCGCCAGCUCCCCCUUCAACCUCACACUCACUGCCUCGGCCGCCACCGCCGUCGCUAUCGGAUCGGCCGCCUAUCUCUAUGGCCAAGAGGCUCACGCCAUGACGCCUGCUGAGGAGGGUCUGCACGCUACCGCAUACCCUUGGGAGCACGCCAAGUGGAACAAGACAUUCGAUCACGCCGCUCUCCGCCGUGGUUUCCAGGUCUACCGUGAAGUCUGCGCCAGCUGCCACUCCCUGACUCGUGUGCCCUGGCGCUCGUUCGUCGGUGUCCUCCACACCGUCGAUGAGAUGAAGGCCAUGGCCGAAGAGUACGAGUACGACACCGAGCCCAACGACCAGGGUGAGAUUGAGAAGCGCCCCGGAAAGCUGUCCGACUACAUCCCCGCCCCCUACCCCAACGAGGAGGCCGCCCGUGCUGCCAACGGUGGUGCUCUACCCCCGGAUCUCAGCUUGAUCGUCAAGGGCCGUCACGGUGGCUGCAACUACAUCUUCAGUCUGUUGACUGGCUACCCCGACGAGCCCCCAGCUGGUGUUGUUCUCGGUGAGGGCAUGAACUUCAACCCCUACUUCCCCGGUACCGGUAUUGCUAUGGGUCGUGUUCUCUUCGACGGUGUCGUCGAGUACGAGGACGGCACCCCCGCCACCACCUCCCAGAUGGCCAAGGACGUCGUCGAGUUCCUCAACUGGGCCGCCGAGCCCGAGAUGGACGACCGCAAGAAGAUGGGUGUCAAGGCCAUCACCCUUCUGACCGGUCUCUUCGCCCUGAGCGUCUGGGUCAAGCGUUACAAGUGGUCCCCGAUUAAGACGAGAAAGAUCGUGUACAGCCCCCCCGUUUCCCGGCGCUAG